AUGCGGUGUGCAGCCAUGACACUCUGCUCCACUUGUGCAUGGGAGACAAGAUCACCCGAACCAGCUGAUGUAUGUUGGUCUGCUGCUUUUAAGACUCAGUCUGCAGCAGUCACUGUUGCAGGCGCAUGCGGUGAUGGACUCUGUGACUUCGGAGACUAUGAGCUCGAGCUCAUUAUCCCUGGCGAGUAUUACAAUGAGACCGACUUGAAGAAGGCAAAAGCUAAGGAUGGGCCAGAAUUGGAUACCCAGAACCGACUAAGUCGGUUUCUCGAAGCGCUUAAAGCCUCACAGAGCGCCGUGACAUCUUCGGAGCGUCCGACGAAUCCGACCCUUCGUCUCCGAGAUGGAGUCGUUCGCCUGACAGCAAGAAAGGCGGUGGCUCCGGACACCGGGACGAUCUUGACGGUGAUGCAAACACACAUCAGAGUCCGGGUGAUCGGGACGAUCAUCGUGUUGGUACUUCUGUUGACACUAGGCAAGAAGAUAAGGAUCGUGUUGCUCUUGAGAAGCAGCCGUGGAUACUGCCUCAGAUAG